CGAAUACGGCACAAUGGAAGCUGCGUGGAAAGGAGGUAUGGUUGAAGCGGAGCGUCUCUCAGAUCUACACCUGAGCGUCCGCGACCGGCUCGUCAAUGACGUCAUGGCGCAAAUCAAGAACUGGCAGAAAGACACCUAUCAUAAGUCCAUGAUCCAGCUAAAAGAACGAAAAGAAAUGGACGAAGCUUUCAAGAAGGCACAGAAACCCUGGGCGAAGUUACUGCAAAAGGUGGAACGCACACGAUUGGAGUACCACACUGCUUGCAAACAGGAAAGAACAGCACAGAACCAGGAAAGGAAUGCCAGUGGAGACAGCUCGCUUAGUCCAGAUCAGGGAGAGAACUCCAAGCGAGGACACGAGGUAAAGAAAAUGGCGGAACGGGUGGCCAAAUGUCGCGAAGAAGUUGCGAAAAGUAGAGAAAAGUACCAAUCGGCACUGGCAGAGAUCACGGCAUACAACCCUCGCUACAUUGAAGAUAUGACCGGAGUCUUCGAGCGCUGCCAACAGAUGGAGGCACAGAGGCUCAAAUUCUUCAAAGACGUUCUCUUCAGCUUCCACAAGUGCCUCAAUAUCAGUCAAGAACCUUCAUUACCCCAAAUCUACGACGAAUUCCACCAUACGAUAAACAACGCAGACAGUCAGAAGGACCUGAAGUGGUGGGCCAACAACCAUGGCAUCAACAUGGCAAUGGCCUGGCCACAGUUCGAGGAGUACACUGAGGAGUUCCGGGACAUCGCGAAGGGCAAGUCCAAGGAGAGCCUGCCUACUGGGCCCAUCACACUGCUCAACCAACGACCCGUCAGCGAAGAUGAACUGCCACCGAUUAACAACACGAACAACAAAACGAGCAAGGCUGCCAACCACACGGACGCUGCGCCGGCGCAGACAACAGUCGUCAACAACACCGCCAGCGCUAACAACACUAUUGAUAAAAAGAGCAUCAGUGCGCCUAUUGCUGUUACCAAUGGUACAGCAGCAGCGCCUAAAUCGAACAAGACAUCGCCGGCUAAGGACAGCACUAAAGGACAGGAGAACCCGUUUGACGAGGACGAGUGGGACGAGGAGUCGGGCGGAGCGCUCACUGACACGGGCGAGCCGGGCGUACCGGUGCGAGCGUUGUACGACUACACCGGCGCGGAGAGCGACGAACUCAGCUUCAGACAAGGGGACUUAUUCGAAAAAUUAGAAGACGAAGAUGAACAGGGCUGGUGCAAGGGUCGCAAGGACGGUCGAGUGGGCCUGUACCCGGCCAACUACGUGGAGCCAGUGGGCCACUAGCCCGCGCCGGCGCACGCACGGACUGUCACCUGUGCUCUGUGGGCGGCGGCACUAGACGUGAACGAACGCGCUAACUUGUGGAAAAUAAUAAAAAUAUUUUCAUGAAUCUAGGAACAAAUUGCACUCUAUGCUUAGAACAAGCAGAUGUUGGCCUUAGCAGAAUUUAAUGUUGUUUAAAUAGUCGACUGAUAUUACUACUUAGCUGGCAUGUCUCUACGUGCAGUGUAUCGCUCCUGCUUCCCUCGUUUGUAAACGUACUGGUAUCAUUUAAGAAGUCUUAAAUUUUACCAAUACCCCAUAUUAAAGCUUUGAUAAGUAUUAUAUGUACCAUAAAACGUAAAUAUAUAAAAAUAGUUGUAUAUAAAACAGGCCCUUAUGAUAAAAUUAAUGUACCCUUAACUAAGCAGUAUUAAGUACAGUUAGCGAAUGUUUGUGGGGACAGUUAGUGGUGUUCAUUCAUGUGUCGGGCGCACAGUACAGAAGUAUGUUACGGUACUAUGUGAACGCGUGGCAGGUUAUAAAAUUGUUCCGUUUUAUAUUCACGAGUCACGAUGUAGUCAUUAUAAUAGUAACAGAUGUUAAGUACAUUCAGAUGUAACGAUGUGUUUACUUCUAUACGAAUAGCUAUAGAUAUAUUUACUUGACACCGUCACUCAACGCAGCACUCAGCUUUAAUACGUCUUAUGAUAUCAUUCCACUCGACAUCGAACCCCAUACCCCAUGGAUCGAGCUGUUUUUGAUAUAUUUAACAAGACGAUUUUCUUACUGAAACAUUUUCGACCUAAAAUUUUUGUACGUUUCUAUAAAAACGAAAAUUCAAAUCAACGUUUUAAUGGUUUUGUUAAAAAUGUAAGUAAAGACGGUGUUUGAAUAUUUUUGGAUGGAACUCUUUGUAGGUACAAUAUGGAAACCAAAAAUUGUUUAUUUGUAACUGUAGUCACACUGCGCCGCAUCCACUGUCAAGCGUCAGAGGUCGCGCAGUAUACGCGCAGUAUACGCGCAGUACUCGCGCAGUAUACGCGCCGUACCAGGCGACCGCGCGAGCGACUCAGAGGUGUAUCGACUAUUUGAUUAGUGGGUAACUGUAUUGUGUAUAACUAGCAAUAACGUCUACUUAGAUCAGUUGUAUAUAAAGUGUAUAAAGGCAAUGUCGACCUAUGAAGGUGAAAUCAAACCGUUUGAACAUAUAUCGGGUCCCAAAUCGAUUAGUAGACCGAUAUCGUAGCCGGUACAUCUCUAAUAAUAUCGAUGAGGAAUUUAGCUAAGCCAAAAAGUGUACGCCAAUAUAAAUAAUUAGAUAACAAAUGAUACGUUUAGGCGGCAAUGGGAUUUAUAUUUUUGUGAUAUAAUGGUACUGGACAGUGGUCGCCACUGCACGCUAGUUGUGUUUAUGUACAUACACGAUUAUAAUAUAUCUCGUCGUGCUUGUAGAAUAUUUAUUUCCCAUUGUAUAUAAUGUAAAAUGCAUUAAUAAUGUAUGUAAGAUAACGGAGGGCGCAGCCGGACUGAGCGAAGGCCUAAUAUUAUGUAGCGCCGCGGUACUUGCAACCCGUGUUCACAGCUAGCGCCCUCUCGUUUAGGUUAAAUAAACAGUAACGAUUAUUAAUAUAUUACGAGAAAUGUUUAAUCUUUUCUUUUUCCCUUUUAUACCUCGUUUUAAAUAUUGUUGUAUUGUGUAAUUAUAGUGGGAGUCAUUACGUUAGUCGAGGCUGAGUAUCACUUACCUGUCAACAGUCGGUCGCGCUUAGUCUGUAGCUGUUUUGUUUUCGUUGUUAUAGGUUCAGCGACCAUUUGUGAGAAAUUCUUUGUAUUAUAUAAUUAUCAAAGAGGGUGGUUUUGGACCACAUAUGUUAAUAUAUUAUGAAUAUUGGUAAAAUAAAAUUGUUACAUAUGGUA